CAUUAUAACUUACAGAUAAAUUAUACUGUUAAGUGCAGACAACUACAAGUAAAUAAAUAAAAUACUGCCAUGUUCAUACAUUUCAUUGUUUUGUAUAUUUUGACAUGUUCCCAAUUAUUAUGCAAACUCGACGGUAUAACAAACACCACAUAUACCUUACUUUGUUAUCACGAUUUUGUUAUUUAAAAAACUAUGUUUGGGGAAGAAAGCUGACAUUUCAGCAGCCAAUCAGUCCUUUCCAGUACCAAAAGUUACUCGCUCUUGGUUUUCGGCCCAGUACCCUUUUGCUGGACCCGGACUGCGUGUAUGACGCCACCAGCCACCAUGCGCCGCGAUCCCGGAGAGAGAGCCCACAGAAACCGGACGCAUAUAGCGGGACCGCGGCACGGGGCGCUGUUGAUCAGAGAUUGACGCUGCAACGCCGGAUGAUAAAGCUUGCCCGGACGCGAAUGUAAUGCGCAGUGACAACAUCGACCGGAUCGCCCCAAGUCUGCACAUGCGCAGUGACAACAUCGACCGGAUCGCAACAAGUCUGCACUCGCGCAGUGACAACAUCGACCGGGUCGCCCCAAGUCUGCACAUGCGCAGUGACAACAUCGACCGGAUCGCCCCAAGUCCGCACAUGCGCAGUGACAACAUCGACCUGAUCGCCCCAAGUCUGCACAUGCGCAGUGACAACAUCGACCGGAUCGAGACAAGUCUGCACUCGCGCAGUGACAACAUCGACCGGGUCGCCCCAAGUCUGCUUGUGUUAGUAUUGAUAGAGUAUACUACUAAAAAAACUAGCGUAUGUAUGAUACCAAUACAACAACCCCUUCGACACCAACUGUCAACAACACUAAAAAGAGGUUUUUGUCAUCACCACAAGAUAUAGCUGAUUUAAAAAAGGGUCGAUUCUUGGACAGUAUCAUGGAAACUGCUGGCAACACUAGUGCUGUUAAUAGCCUAUCACUUUCAGACACUGACUUAGAGAAAAUCGCACUAGUACUAAAGUCAGCUUUCCAGGAUGAUAUUCUAAGCCUUAUCAAACCGGUCGUUGAUGGCGUGGUUCAGGGUCUGCAAUCUAGACUAGAUCUUUUGAGCCAUGAAAAUGCAACUCUGAAACAGGAAAACGAAGAUCUCCGAUUACGCGUCAACUCGUUGGAGAACAUGAUAGAUGACGCGGAACAGUACAGCCGCAGGAAUUGCUUACGACUUACUGGUAUACCCGAGACAGAGGGCGAGAGUACAGAUGACAUCAUUAUCAAACUGUGUAAGCAGGUCAAUGCUGACAUAAAAUUGUCAGAUAUUGACAGGAGUCAUCGUGUUGGUAAACCCGGCCCUUCCAAAAGCAGACCUAUCAUAGUCAAAUUUGCAACUUAUCGGUCACGUCAAACCCUUUACAAAACUCGUGCGGCGCUAAAAUCGACGGGCUUCUCCGGUGCCUAUCUAAACGAGGACUUAACCCGUAAAAGAAGCCAGAUCAUGUACACCGCCAGGCAACUUGUAAAAUACAAAAAGCUGGAGGGCUGCUGGACUGCAGACGGGAUCAUUAUGGUCAAGGACCUCAAUCACCGUACCCACAGGGUUGUUCGACAUGAUGAACUCAAAGUGUUCGAAUAAGUCCCCUUUUCUGCCCUGAACAGUAUAUUUGCCGUCAUUACGUGUUUAUUCAAGCAUCACACUAUCAGAUAGACUUCAUUCAUUGUUAUACAAGUAGUCAUACGGAACAGUUAGCAGUUGUUAACACCUAGCAAAAAGUUGAUAUCCAAAUAGUUUUAUUCGCGCAUGACUGAAUGUGAUUAUAUGUGCGCAGCGGCGUGUAACUCUUGCUUUCCAUUUCUUUGCAUACGUGCUGAACUUAACACAGUGACUUAUCGCAUGUACAUGUACCUAUUGUAGUUAUCCCUGCUUACGUUUUUUUUUCACUGUAUGGUGCGUGUU